GCUUACCAGGUGAUAAUAUCAUUCCUCGUCAACUAACAGCUAUGGGCGGUUUCCUUAUUGUGUCUCUGCUGCUAGCAGUGCUCAACAAAGAAACCGAAGCGAAAGCAGGCUGGUCUUAUUCGAAGAAUAGUCAAGGCAAUGAUUCGGAUUGGAAGCAUUUGUAUCCUCUCUGUGAUGGCCAAAAGCAAUCUCCAAUCGACCUAAACGUUGAUGCUGCUGUGCUGAAAGCAGAUUUGAGUGAGCUGAUGUUUAAUGGCUACAGUUCUCUGCAAAAUGGCACCAUGAAGAACACGGGCCAUUCUCUUCAGUAUAAUCCAAAGGGUAGUAAUAGACCAACGCUUCAAGGUGGACCUGUAGGUGGAUCAACAUAUACUCUGGAGCAAUUCCACUUUCAUUUUGGAUCCAAAGAUUUGACUGGUUCAGAACAUACAAUUAAUGGAUUCCAGUACGCAGCUGAGGUACAUUUUGUCCAUUACAAUUCAGGCAAGUAUCCAUCAUUUGCUACCGCUGUCAACGAAUCGGAUGGUCUCGCUGUAGUUGGAGUAUUUUUUGAGGUUGGAGAUACAAAUCCACAAUUGGAUCUCUUACAUAUUGAUCGAAUGCUUUACAAAGACAAUGUUAGUGAUGUGUCGCUACUAAAGUUGCAAGAUCUACUUCCAGGCAGCCAAAGAGAUUACUACUCCUAUUCAGGAUCGUUGACAACACCCCCCUGCUACGAAUCUGUGAAGUGGAUUGUAAUGAAAGAUGCAUCUUCUAUGUCAUCCGACCAAAUGACACAUUUUAGAAGAACUUUGUCAGCAGCUUACUCUAAUAACAUCGGAGACGUCGUGGCUGACAACUACCGUGUGGUGCAACCACUCAAUGGAAGACAAGUUGUGCGAAACUUUGAGAAAGAGACGCCUACUGUGAAACAAGCCACGCCCACAUCUCCAUCGAGUGACAUUUCAGUGAUUGCUCUGAUCUAUGUGCAAUUGCUGUCCGUUGCUUUGGUGCUGCUGCUGCUAAAUCCUUAGAUCUCACUCCUAUGUUGUCAAGUGUCGAGACACAGAGACAGUGAUUGCUUGGGCGUUGGUUUGGAUUGAGUUAGCUAAUUGAGAAUGGAUGGAUUGAGCGAUUAUUUAAUUGCUAAUAAUAUUACCUAGCAUGCAUGAGUGAAGUUUGGUAUAACAUUUAGCUUAUUUGUUGAUUGUUAAUUGUAGUAAGAUAUUGGUUGGCAUGCAGAAAGAAUUUGCAACGAUGGUUGUGUUUUUUGGCUCUUUACUACUAAACAAAUACGUGCACUUCAGUGCGUGUACUGUACAAUUG